AUGAGCUCAGAUGGCCCUCAAAUAACUUUAGUCGCAAAAGAUAGCGUCAAAGUAAAAGUGAGUGUAGAAUUCAGGAACAUCAGCCACUUAAUCAAGAGUAUUUUAGAAGAUUCCUCACCUAACGAAGAAAUUUCAGUUGAGUUUAUCCAAGAGCCUGUGCUUGCCAAAAUCAUAGAGUUUGCAGAACAUCACCAUUAUCGUCCCCCUGCUUCCCCAAAAUGCCCACUUACUAGUAAUAUUUUAAGUGACGCUUUAAGUGAUGAUUGGGACAUAAAUUUUGUCAAAAAUCUUACUCGAGAACAGCUAAUUGAUUUAAUUCAAGCAGCAAGAUAUUUAGAUGUAAAAUCACUGCUAGAUAUUUGUAUAGCAACACUUGCAGCAAGCUUCAAAGGGAAAGAAAUUGAUGAUAUAAAUAGAGAGUUCAAUAUAAUAGAAGAUUUUACUUUUGAAGAAGAAGAAAAAUUAAAAAAUGAUUUCCCAUGGGUGAUGGAUAUGGAUGUUAAAUCGAUAUUUCAUAAAUAG